AUGAGUUCAUUAUCAUAUAAUGUUUCUGGAGUACUUUAUGAUUCUGAUUCUGAAUCUAUAGAAUAUAAUGGACUUACAUAUGAUGAUUUAUUACAUUCUAAUUUCAAUGAUACAACAUUUAAUGAGAAUUAUUUGGCACGUUAUAUUGGUAAAGGACCAAAUAUGGAACGUAUAUUAUUAAUAAUACCAUCAGUAUCAUCUAAAGUUAAUUUGAAUUAUGAUGACUCUUUAAGAUUUAUUAUUAAAAUUCUUGAUGAACAUCUUGAUCGGAAAUAUUCACUUGUUAUUUGUCAAACUUGUAUUUCUUGGACUGAUUCUAAUUCAUAUUUUUUUGUUAAUCAGUGGUAUAAUAUGUUACCACGUUAUAAAAAGAAGAAUCUAGUUAAAGUAUAUUUAAUACAUUCAUUAAUGAUGACAAAGACAUUUUUGACCUUAUCAAAUCCAUUCAAGAGUUCAAAAGCAUUAGACAAAGUUGAAGUUUUUGAUACAUUAUCUGAUGUAUUACAUAAACUUGAACUUAAUAAACGAAAUAUGUUACGUAAUUUUCCAUAUAUUGUACAAAGAGCUGAAGAAAUAAAUUUAGGUAUACAACGGCCAAUCUCACCAUUUGGUACUGAUUUAUGGAUACUAUCAGCACGUCUAGGUAUAAGAUAUAAAGAAUUUCAUCAUAUACCAUCGAUAUUGUGUUAUGUAUUACAAUAUUUGGAAUCGAAAGAAUAUGUGACAACACAGAAUUUAUUACAUUUACAAAUGGAUUCGACAAGAUUAUAUGAAGUAGUGACGAAAGUAGAGGAAUUGGGUGAGAAUUAUGAAUUUUUAUCAGUAGAAGAGGUUGUUUUAGUAUUUCGAUUAAUUUUGGGUACACAAAGAUGUGGUUUAUUUGGUGAAGCACAUACACAAUUUGCAUCAUUAAUUGUUAAUAAAUCAACAUUUGAAGAAGCACAAGAAGAAUUAAAACGUCAAGUCAAAUCACUUAAAAGUGAAUUAUUCGAAUGUAUCUUGUGCAUUAUUAAAACUUUACGUGUUAUUGUACGGAAUAGUAAUCGAAAUGGAAUGAAUUUAAAAAUCAUUUCUAAAACCAUGGCACCUUUCUUUUUUAGACCAUUAAAACCUGAUGUUUAUAUUUAUAAACUUUUACAAUUGUAUGAAGGAUUAUUAUCAAGUAUGAUAGAGAAGCCAGGAUUAUAUUUUGAUAAAGAUCCACAAACUAAACUUGUUAAACAAGAACAUACCAAUACUGAAUCUACCAAAGAAUCAACUAGAGAAACUAAAGAAUCUACUAGAGAAACUAGAGAAGGUAAAUCAAAAGAAUCUAAAUCACGUGAAACAUCAAGAGAAUCAAAAUCUAGAGAUGUCUCUAGGGAAUCUAAAAGAGAAACUACUAGAGAAUCUAAAUCUAGAGAAGUAUCUAGAGAAACUACUAGAGAAAAGGGUAGUAGAUUAAUAGAAGAUAAAAGCCCAAGAAAUGAUUCUAUUAAUCUUUCUGAUACACAUUCCAAUUAA